UGAUAGCCCCCCCUGAGACGACUAAAUCACCACCAGUCACCACACACAAGCUGCUACAGCCGAUUAUCCAAAAAUUUGACGUAUCUAAUGUAUAUUCAUUAUCUCUUUUAAAACCUGUGGAAAAUAAGAAAAAUACACAUUUCUGUGAACUGAAAUCAUUGUUUUUUUUUCACCGAUGAAGAAAAUUGAUCUUUGACUUACGAGCUUUGGGUCCAUAUAAAUGACGGUCGACAAUUCUCACUGCUUAAUGUGUUGCUGCCACUCGUCACGAUGGUGUCCCCGUCAAGGAUGCUACUAGUGGUGAUGAGUGUAUGGGUUCAACACUCUACCUCACAAUACCUCCCCGGUACACUGCUCAUGAGUCACGCAGGUCCAGGGCGCGACACCGUCCCAUUCAUUGCUCAGUAUCUGGUGCACAGCUAUCUGGAAGGCUGUGGUCUCACUCUCCUCUAUGACGAACGUGAUAACUCGAAGGACGCUGAGGAGAUCCUUCGCCAGGUGGACCAGCCCAUGACUGUGUUCGCUCUGGAGGACUCACCUGACGGGGGACUGGAACUGGCGAACAGAACAGAGAUCCCACUCUUCAACACCUGCUCUGCCUACAUUAUACUGUCACAGGAUCCUGCAGGUCUCGGGUCUCUGGUGAGGUCGGAGGGUUUCCAAACUCUGUUGGACUACCUGGGUCGGUUCAUCUUCGUGACGGGGUCGUUGGCUCGGUCACCUGAGAUCAUCCUGGACAACGAAAUCAUGGCCUGGCGACCUCAUGCCCUGGUGGUGAGGAAGGUCAUUAAGACAGGGGAAGCUGGGGGCGACUACGAGGUAUGGAGUCAUCAUAUGUUCCGAGAAGAGGAUGAGGAGACGGUGUACCUGGCGGGGCGGUGGAGGCGAGGACACAUGCAGCCACCCACUCAGCUCUUCCCCGAUAAGCUGGACAACUUCCACGGUGGCGAGCUGCGAGCGGUGACCUUCGAGCACGCCCCGUCUAUCGUGGAGGUCCCCGGAGGGUCGCAGGGCCACCAUUAUGACGGAAUCGACAUUCGGUUGCUAUAUAUCUUGUCUGAGGCGCUCAACUUCAAGCUGAAGAUCGUGAAUCCUUCAGACGGAGGAAAGUGGGGAUCGCCCAUGGUCAAUGGGUCGUGGUCGGGGCUCACUGGGGACUUGACACAGCGCCACGCCCACAUGGGCGUCGCCAACCUCUUCAUCCACAUCCACUACCUCGAGGUGGUGGACAUGACGGUCUCUUAUGACAUGGAGUUCGGUUGCUUCAUCACGCCCCUGCCGGAACAGUUACCCCAGUGGAUGGCUCUCGUCUACCCCUUCAGCUCACAGGUGUGGUGGCUGGCGCUGGUGUUCCUCGUGGUAGGGACACCGUUGCUCUACCUCACCUCCCGCCUCACUCAGUAUGUUCUUCACGACGAGACACCCUGGGCCACAACCCUCGACCACAACCUUUUCUACGGCACCGGCAUCUUCUUCGGUGUAGGGAUGCCCCAGGUCCCUCAGAGUGACGUGACGAGGAGCUACUUCAUCAUGUGGGUGUGGUACGGAUUACUCAUCACCGUGGUCUAUCGCUCCUCCCUCACCGCCUUCCUCACCAUCCCUCUGUCUCAGGACCCCAUCAAUACCCUUCAACAGCUGGUGGGAUCUUCGUUACCUGCCUGGGGCGCCACCGGUCUCACCUUCAAGAAGAUGCUAGAGGAGAACCCCGACCCCAUGGUGCAGCAGCUGGCCCUCCGGUACCAGCCUGUGAGUGGUGCUGAGGAGGGCAUCCUGCUCACCGCCCAGAGGAAGUACGCCAUGAUGGAGAACAGGCAGUUCCUGGAGUACAUGAUAGCCACCAACUACACCAACAAGUACGGCGAGGAGACCCUUCAUGUGAUGAGGGAGUGUUUCCUCCCCUUCAGGAUCGGGAUGGCUAUGCCCAAGAAGGCGCCCUACAAGCCUAACUUUGACAAGAUCGUCACCAGGGUGGUCGAGGCUGGCUUGGUGAGAAAGUGGUUCAGCGACAUCCUCUUCAUGAGUCGUAAGCGAGGGUCUGGUGAGGCACAGGAGAGUCGUAGUGAUGCCCUCACCAUCGACAACCUCCAGGGGGCAUGGCUACUACUCGGGUUAGGUUGGGUGGUGUCACUGGUUAUGUUCGUCCUGGAGGUGGUACUGGGGCCUGACCGUCGGGGGUAAGAGGCGCUCACACAGGCGCUCCUAGGUCCACCCAACGUCUGCUACGUCAGGAAGGAAGACUGCCGGACAACUCGAGAUGAACACAAAUAUAACACCGCCAGAUGGACACUCCUGCACUGUACCACCAGGAUUGUACAGUCAAAAGGCAGAUGAGUUACAGUGAGUGGUUGAGUAGCGUGGAUGGGUUACAAUGAGUAGUUGAGUAGCGUGGAUGAGUUACAAUGAGUGGCUGAGUAGCGUGGAUGAGUUACAAUGAGUGGCUGAGUAGCGUGUAUUAGUUACAAUGAGUGGCUGAGUAGCGUGGAUGAGUUACAAUGAGUGGCUGGGCAGCGUGGAUGAGUUAGGAGUGGCUGAAGCUUAAUGAUAUUGUACAUGUCCAGUAAAACCGUGCA